AUGGCUGUUUUAUGGCUGACCCAGUCUGCGAUUGUUACUCUUAACAUCCUUUUGGGAAUCCUGAUUGUCCUGGCAAACAAAGAUUUUUGUGGAAGCGUUUUUGAAACUCGAGUCGGUGAGUAAAAACCUCCAAAACAAAAAAACAAAACAAAACAAAAACGGAAAAAAAGAGAAAAAGCGAUUCUUAUACUCUCUUUGUAUAGCUAGUGGCUACCAAAAAGAACGUUUUUUCGCCUUUCAGACCAUGCCUUGGUAGGUCAUGCUAUCCAGACCACUGAUGUUGUGGACGAGUUUGAAUGCCAGUUAAAAUGUAUGGGAAAUAACAGCUGUAAGUCGAUCAAUGUUCAUCGCGGUGACAGCAAUGGAAACCGUAGCUGUGAGUUGAAUAAUAAAACACGGCAGAUGAAGCCAGGUCAUUUUAAAAAGAAGAAAGGAUCUUCAUACUAUAGCUCUGUUCAGGUGGGUUUU